AUGUCUGGCAACAAUGACUGGUUUCAGAGUUCCCGGGUCCCUAGCUUUGCUCAGAUGCUGAAAAAGAACUUGCCAGUUCAGCCAUCAGCCCAGACGGUAGCUACACCCACAGGAUAUUCUUCAGAAAGUUACAGCCUGUCGAAUAUGGCAUCCAAGGUUACGCAAGUGACGGGUAAUUUUCCAGAACCAUUGCUUUCCAAAGGUCUUGCAUCUACUUCAAAUCCUGUCCUUCCUCCAAAAAAAAUACCCAAGGAAUUUAUAAUGAAAUACAAACGUGGAGAGAUAAAUCCUGUGUCAGCUUUGCACCAAUUUGCACAAAUGCAACGAGUUCACCUUGACCUUAAGGAAACAGUAACAACAGGUAAUGUUAUGGGACCAUAUUUUGCUUUUUGUGCUGUGGUGGAUGGUGUUCAAUAUAAGACUGGACUGGGACAAAAUAAAAAGGAGUCUAGAUCCAAUGCAGCAAAAUUAGCUCUUGAUGAGCUUCUACAAUUGGAUGAACCUGAGCCAAGAAUUUUAGAAACAUCAGGUCCUCCUCCUAUCCCUGCAGAACCUGUUGUUUCACCUGAACCAGUCUAUGUCUCAAAAAUACAUUAUGAAGGGAGACAUAUUCAGCAUGGAAAGAUAUCCCAAAUUGUUAAAGAAACAUUUAAUCAACUAAUAUAUAAUCAUUCAGAAUAUCUGAAAUGUAGCAAUUCAUUGGCUGCUUUUAUAAUUGAAAGAGCUGGACAGCAUGAAGUUGUAGCUAUAGGCACAGGUGAAUACAAUUAUAGCCAGUGCAUUAAGCCAAAUGGAAGAGUGUUGCACGAUACUCACGCUGUUGUUACAGCAAGAAGGUCUCUCCUUAGGUACUUUUAUAGACAACUUCUGCUCUUCUACAGCAAAAAUCCUGCUAUGAUGGAAAAAUCAGUAUUUUGUACAGAGGCAGCUUCUAAUCUACUCACUCUCAAACAGAAUGUCAACAUUUAUCUCUAUAUGAACCAGUUGCCUAAAGGGUCAGCCCAGAUUAAGUCACAAUUGCGUCUUAAUCCACAUUCUAUAUCUGCAUUUGAAGCCAAUGAAGAGCUGAGUCUCCAUGUGGCUGUUGAAGGCAAAAUUUAUCUGACUAUCUACUGUCCUGCAGAUGUUGUUAAUAGAGUAAGCAGUAUGUCUUCAAGUGACAAAUUGACAAGAUGGGAAGUGCUUGGUGUACAGGGAGCAUUGCUGAGUCACUUUAUACAGCCAGUUUAUAUCAGCAGUAUACUUGUUGGUAAUGGGAAUUGCAGCGAUACUAGAGGUUUAGAAAUUGCUAUAAAGCAACGUGUUGAUGAUGCACUGACUUCAAAACUUCCAAUGUUUUACUUGGUCAACAGACCUCAUGUUAGUUUAGUACCUUCUGCAUAUCCACUUCAAACAAACUUGGAAUAUAAAUCCCUGAGUCUGAAUUGGGCACAGGGGGACAUUUCUUUGGAGAUUGUGGAUGGCCUAAGUGGAAAGAUCACUGAAAGUUCCCCAUUUAAAAGUGGUGUGUCAAUGGCAAGUCGGCUUUGUAAGGCUGCAAUGUUAAGUCGAUUUAACCUGCUUGCCAAAGAAGCUAAAAAAGAAGAUUUACUUGAAGCUAGUACAUACCAUGCAGCAAAGUGUAUGUCUGGAUCCUAUCAAGAAGCUAAAACUCUGUUGAAAUCCUACUUGCAGCAACAUGGCUAUGGCUCCUGGAUUGUGAAAUCUCCCUGUAUAGAGCAAUUUAGUAUGUGA